CACUGAGGAAAAAAGGGGUGUGUGGCGGCAAAAGGAUCCGCUUACCGGAACCAAGCUGGGAGUUGGGGAACCUGUCAAAUGUUUGCUGGUUAAAGAUGUCGCAGAAGGACAGUGUGUGCUCGCGAUCUUAUUUCGUGGUUGUCAUGGUGUUUGUCCACGUUUACAUCCUCAAUGUGAUGGCCUUGCUGCUGUACGUCUACUACACCAGCGAGAGCGCGCACUCGCCCACCGACAGCGGCGCGCUCCCGCCAAGCGGUCAAGGCGCGGCCCCGCCGCAAGGACAACACCUCUCGCCACCAGCGCCAUCACCGGAACCGGUCUCGAAGCAGCAACAACGUGAUACGGUGCUCGGCCGCCUGCGCCGGCUGGAGGGCAUCAAGGUUGGCCACAGGCAAAAGGUGGAUCUGGUCCCUAACAAAAUACACUACCUGAAAACACUGAGCCUAAAACCACUUCUGUUUGAAAUUGCUAACUUCCUUUCAGAGGAAGAAUGCAAACUUGUCAUACAUCUAGCAAAGUUGAAGGGUCUCCAAGAGAGCCAGAUUAUGCCAUCUGACAUUCAACAGGAGGCCAUUGAUGAGAUGGAUAUCAGCAAGGAGGAAAUUUUCAACUUACUUGACUACAAUCAAGAUGGACAGCUACAAAUGAAAGAGGUCUUGACCCAUACACGUUUCGGUGAUGGUGUCUGGAUUACUCCUGAAAAUAUUCGAGAAAUCUACACGGGUCUUGAGGCUGACCCUGAUGGAAAUGGUUUGCUAAGCCUGGAGGAAUUUAAACAACUUAAUACAAAUGCUUUCCAAACAUACCUGCGACAACGCGGGGUGCAGAAGACCGAACUGGUUCGCAACAGCAAACAUACGUGGCUGUAUCAGGGUGAAGGAGCACAUCAGAUCUUAAGAGCUAUUCGACGUAGGGUGAUCAGAUUGACACAAUUACCUCCUGAGAUAGUAGAGCAUAGUGAGCCAUUGCAGGUGGUGAAGUAUGAUCAAGGAGGGCAUUAUCAUGCUCACCAUGACAGUGGACCAAUCUACGCAGAGACCAGCUGCUUCCAUACAAAGCUAGUAGCAAAUGGAUCCACUCCAUUAGAAACUUCCUGCCGGUACGUGACAGUGCUGUUUUAUUUGAACAAUGUUUCUGGAGGAGGGGAAACUGCUUUCCCUGUAGCAGACAACAGAACGUAUGAUGAACUGUCUUUAAUCCAGAAUGACGUGGAUUUACGAGAUACACGGAGAAACUGUGACCAAGCCAAUCUGCUGGUGAAGCCUUUGCAAGGCACUGCUCUCUUCUGGUACAACUACCUCUCUGAUGGUGAAGGCUGGGUGGGUGAACAGGAUGAGUACUCGUUACAUGGUGGCUGCGUCGUCACCAAAGGGACCAAAUGGAUUGCCAACAACUGGAUCAACAUCGACCCAGAUGUGCAGCGUCAAAUUCAGUUCCAACAAGCAGUUUCCAAAUAUACACAUGAAGAAGCUCCUGCAGAGUGGGCAGUUGAUAACAUUUAUAAAGACUUGCAUGUAGAACUGUGAAUGUGUUCCAAAACAGAAUGUCUUUGAAUGCUUAAUGUGGACAAACUUCCCUUUUUAUUUGUCCAUCCUCAAUCAGGGUUUAGAGAGAAAAUAUGUUGUGAUCAAUUGCCUUCAGUCAUGAAUGUGUAACUUUACCUUCAGCUUCCAGUGGGUGAAUACUGGCAGGCUGUUUGACUGCAUGUUGCAUCACAGCCCAGCCUGAUCCUGUCCCUGCCUGACCUGCGCUUCAGAACACAGAUCAGUAGCUAAUGAUUAGAAGUGGCACCAAGCCAUUUUGUUUUUAUUACUUUAUUCUUUCUAUUUCACCCUUAAUCUGCCCUGCCCUGGCCAAGAAUGUGGGCAGGCAUUUGAACUGCUCAGAUAACUCCUGUUUAAAGAUGAGUUAUUUUUCAUUUGUUCAAACAGAGGAUCACACCUAAAAUAGUAUGAUAGUCCAGUGCAGUUGCUGAGUUGAUGCUAUGUAUUUCCAGAAUCCUGUUUUAAAUUUUGGAUUUCCCAGCAUUUGUGCCUUCCUUAUUCAAUUCUUAUGACAAUUCUUUCUUCUUUCUUUUGACAAUACAUCUCAAAUCUGCUCAACCAGUCCAUUUAAAGCUUUUUAGGAGGAUUAUUGAGCUCUAUAAACCAAGAAAGUCCUAGCUUAAAUCUCUUUUCUAUGCUGAGUUCA